UAAGAAUUCAUUAUCAAAAAGGCAGAGUCUCGUCAUGGCAUUGUUUGUGCUUCUGCUGGCGGUUUUAACGCAAUUGCGACCGACUGUGGCACAGCAAAGCGUUCCCUGCCCUAUUACCGGAGUCAAUAAAUGCGUGUGUACGGCUCACAUUGUAGAUUGUAACAAUCAUGGGCUUUCGAACACUCCUCCGCUGUCAAGUUCAAGUGAAUUCACAAGUCUAGAAUUGUCAAACAACUCUCUGACUGUUAUUCAGGCGGCUUCCUUUGCCGGUCUUAAUUUGACCAAUUUAGAUUUGUCAAUGAAUAAAAUAUCUUCGGUGGAAAACAAUGCAUUCUCUGGUAUUUCAAACCAGUUGAAAAGGCUUGAUUUGUCACACAACAAUUUGAGAUUUCUCCCCAAUGCGAUUGGAUAUCUUACAACUAUAAGCGAGUUGGACGUACGCUGGAAUCCAAUGCCUGGCUACUCAGGUGGACGCCAUGGUACAGAUGGACUGACUGACAGCGUUAUGAGAAGCAUAGGAAACACCAUUAAGGUCUUCAAAUUCGGCGACGCUAUGAUGACAUCUUGGCCGCAAAGUUUGAAUCAUUUCAACAGAUUAGCAGAACUCGUCGUGGCUGGUGUGAACAUACCGUACUGGCCACCGAAUGCCUUCCAUGGGUUUGAGCAAACGCUUAAGAAAUUGACAAUAGAAAACCUACCGAUCGGUUCUGUGCCAUAUGGCAUAGCUGGACUGCGACAUUUAGAAGAGCUGCACCUUGACAAUCUACUUUACCCAUUCGGUGACAGCAGUCUUGUCUCCCUUCCUUUUACUGAACUUGGUGGAACACUCAAAGUUCUUAGCCUGAAAAAUGACAGCCUAACAACAUUUCCGGAAGGCAUUAAACAACUAACGUCCCUACAGGAACUCUACCUAGAUGGAAACAAUUUGGAUUUCGUCAGUGAUGAAGCUAUAAGCCUGCUUAAAACGGCCAACGUCACGCUGUUAAGUCUUCGUAACUGCGCUCUGAAACGUGUUCCAGGGGAGAUUUCAGAUCUUAGGAACCUGGAGACUCUUGACCUCUCGGAAAACCUUAUAAGAAGCAUUGAGAGCACCGAUCUUCAGAACCUCCAUAACCUUCACACGUUGCGUUUGAACGCGAAUCCUCUCUUGUAUAUUUCUGACAACUCCUUGUGUGGCCUCGACAAUCUGAGGGACUUUUUCUUACAAAAUACAUACCUAACAGAAAUGUCUGUGGCGUUCAAAAACAUGAGGAGAUUGCACAAGCUCGAUCUAAGUGGCUCCCACAUUGACUGUACGUGUGAUCUGACAUGGGUCAAGUCUUGGAUACAGAAGUGUCGGCUUGACGAAGGAACGCCAGAAAUCGAGGGCGAUUGUGAAACGAUAGACAACAAGCUGAUGACAUAUGUCAACAGCCGUCUCCCGAACUGUCCCGGAUUCCAUGAGGAUGACUUGGUGUUCUCGUGCACAGGCACUUGUAUUGAGCACUAAAGUUGUACGAAACGUACGCUCUGUAUGUCAGAAUAUAACCGUUGAAUACA